AUGGACGAGUACAAUAGGCUCGUCGACAUACUCGCACGCGAGCUGGCAAGCGGAACCAACGUCGACAUGGAGGAAAUGAGACAGAGCAUCAACAACUGUCUCACUGUCGAUGACGACGAGACGCGCGAUAGGUGGAACGCGUUGAUGAACAACCAUCUUGCAGACAUAUGGGGAGCAUUGCGUAUGAUCUCGGUUGGUCUGCGUUAUGGAUUGCAGCUGACCCCAAUACUGAAGCAACGGCUUUGGGAUUUCGUGAACAAAAACGCGAUGCGCCAAGCAAGGAAAAAUACGCAGGAUUUCUACGGGACACAUUACCACGACCCAGAUAUGAUAAAAGCAAACCUAUACCUUGCAUUCCUCAUUCAAAAAAUAGUGAAAUGCAUGCCAGAUGAACAAAUAAUUGACGGCCUGGAACAAUGUCGCAUAACCUUCACUCGAUAUACUUCGUAUAUAGCGGAAGGAACAACGGAUUCGUGGAUAGCCUACAUCUCCACCAUGGAAAGCAUCUUGCGACAAUUCAGGAACAUUCAUUCGCAAGCACAGCGCAUCUUGCAACGGCCCCGAAAUCACAGAUUCGAUUACAUCCUGGCAAAGAUCAUACAAAAUACCGAGGACAUGCUCAGCUCGAUGGACCCGUAUGACGAGCUGGUUGACAUGUUCAUCCGGAGAUUCCGGCGCCCGCAUGGACCACCCGCGCACGUGCUCAGAGAGCAGGUGCGCGCUUGCUUCACGCAGGACAACGAGGUGACACAAAGGAUGUGGAACGAAAACAUUGGACCUAAUCUUGGCAUACUUGGUCUUGAGCUUCACAUCAUCUUAUCUUGCAUCCGGCGCAACAUGCGGAUGACGAACCUGAUCCGCACACGCCUGUGGAGCUUCGUGCAUACCCAAUGCAUGCGGCGCGCGGAAGAGUACGUUUCCAAUUUUAAUCAGAGCCAUUUUCCCGACAAAAUGCAUGCAAUCAUCAACCUCAUCAGCCUGUUCACUAGCGUGAGGCUGAUAAGCGCCGCUCUCGGCGAUGAACGACCACUCCCGGAAACACCGCACCUAGUGCAAAGCAUGUUGGUGGCCAUUUACAUGCACCCCAACGCCUCUGAUACUAUGGAAACCCGCAUGGACGACUACAUCCGACGCAUGCAUGAUUUCACAAGAGCAUGGAGGUCCAUCUGGAGCCGGAUCGAGCCCAUCCUCCAACGGCCCAGCCGCCACAGCUUUGCUUACAUCGCGGCGAAGAUCAUGGACAGCGUGCACAGUGUCCUCGUCGUCCUGAUCGAAGAGAGGAUAGAGCAUACCAGAAACGUCUUGCAGAAUAGGCAGCCCCCGCCACCGAGAGAGGAAGAGUACGAGGAGGAGGAAUGGUCCGACAUGGGUGGGUCCGACAUGAGCGAGGAUGACGCAGUGUAA